AUGCCGAUCGUUCCGGGCUCAGCUGCGGAGAGAAAGCGUGUUUCAGCCAGGGUAGAUAGCAACUUGGCUCCGACACGGGCUCUAAGAAGACAGACGCAGGACAAACGAAAUCUAUACUUGGUGGGUUUCAAAAGCUGGCUGUGGGAAGAAAAGGGUGUGUCUUUCAAGUUUUUGUUCGAACAGAAACCGGCAGAUCCUGAAAGAGUCUCAGCCUUGCUUAUUGAAUAUGGCCGCCAGUUGUACUAUGCAGGAAAAGCAUAUGGGAUCUACGCUGAGACCAUGAAUGCUGUGGCGUGUUCCAGGCCCCUGAUCAAGCAUUCUUUGACAGCGGCCUGGGACCUUGCAUUUUGCUGGCUUGCUGACGAGCCCUACGACCACCAUCCUGCAAUGCUGUUGACAGUCAUGGCUGCGAUGUCAGUUGUGUCACUGACCUGGGGAUGGCCGCAUUUCACAGCGGUCCUGCUCAUAGGUUGGGCAGGUGUGAUGCGUAUCGGAGAAGUUCUUGCAGCUUCCCGAAGAGAGUUGGUACUGCCAGGAGACCGUGCACCAGGUACCUCCUUCGCAUUAGUUAUGGUGAAAAUGCCGAAGACUCUGGGCCGUGCUGCAAAGCACCAGGCUGCACGGAUAGAUCAGAUUGACAUCGUGAACUUUCUGUCUGCCAUGUAUGCUGAAGCCGCAGGUGAUACAAAGAUUUGGCCUUACUCAGCUGCAACUCUUCGCAAACGGUUUUCUGAAGUGCGCUUGGCUCUGAAGCUACCGAUAGAGAGGGUUGGAGAUCAAAAGCCCUUCGCCUUGGGUUCCCUCCGUCCCGGCGGAGCAACGUGGCUGCUUCACAAGACUGAAAACGCAGAGGUUGUCAGACGUCGUGGUAGGUGGCUUAGCGUGAAGACCCUUGAGAUUUAUCUGCAAGAGGUGCAAGUGUCCACCUACCUUGAAAGAGCGCGACCAGCAGCAAAAGUACUUAUUGAGUUUUGCUCGGGCGGUUUUGCCACCACCUUAGAUCGACGCAUCGAUUUUCUCCAAUGUGGUGUCAUGGUCCUCACAAUGCUGAGCCGCACAGCAGGACGUGCUGCCCUUCAGGCAGCGCGAGCUCCUCCUGGGCUUGGGAACAUGGCAGUCAGGAGCAUUUGCACUACACUGCCAAAGCUUGGUGGUUAUGAUUACAACUUGGGAUGGCCUGGAAGCAGGAUCCGCAAUCCUGACCCGGAAGGCUACAACGACGUAGCCCCACCCAUGGGCUUUGGCUGGUGGGCUUUGAUUGUGACCUCUGUUUCUUGCUUCUUCUGGGGCAACACGUACGACCACUCUCGUGGUAUCAAGGUUGCCAUCGGUCUCUUCGGUCAAAGCCUUGGUACAGCAGCUGACAGCAACGGCAUUGCAGUGCCAGCACCUCACCAGGCCCCAACAUGCCGAUCUGAGUGUCGAGCAAUGCCGUUCAUGCUGACUCCCAUGUUGACUCUUCGAGCAUCCGAGAAGAAUGGGUGGCCAGAGUGGCCGUACGCCAAGACGGACAUGCAGUUUUGCAGUCAAGAGCUCCGCGAUGACCUGGACGUUGUCUUGGAAGCAGUUCGCCAGGAUGGGCACGCUUUGGUCUUUGCUUCUGCAGCGCUGAAGGCCAGAAAGGAUGUGGCGUUAGAAGCAGUUCGUCAGGAUGGCCACUCCAUUGUUUUCGCAGACGUGGGGCUCCGCGCUGACAAGGAUGUUGUGCUUGAGGCUGUCCAGCAGGAUGGCUAUGCCCUGAGCUACGCCUCAGCUGCCCUUCGAGCUGACAGAGUGGUGGUGAUUGAGGCAGUGCGAAGCACAGGCUUCGCGUUGCUGUUUGCGCACGAGAAAUUGCGGGCAGACAAGGAGGUCAUCUUCGAAGCGGUUCAGAGCAACUGGCAAGCGCUUGGCUAUGCAUCUCCAGAGCUCAGGAAUGACAAAGACAUUGUGAAGGCCGCAGUCGCCACCAACAGGCAAGCUUUGGCGAUGAUCAGCGAUGAGUUGCGCAGAGAUCCUGCAAUUGUUGAGGAGGCUUUGCAAGCUGACGGCCACGCUUUGGUAUACCUGGAAAGGACUCUACAAGCUGACAAGGCAACGGUCUCUGCAGCAGUGAAGCAGGAUGGGCAUGCAAUUUCAUAUGCUUCUGAGGAGAUUCAGCGUGACAUAGACGUUGCUAUGCAGGCAGUCUCUGAAGAUGGAAUCACCUUGGGUUUGCUCCCCACAGAGGUGCAAGCGAACAAAUCUGUGGCCCUGCGUGCGAUUGAGAGCAACGUCAAGGCUUUCCAGAACGUGUCUGAGGAGCUCAAGUCCGACGAGGAUGUGCAAGAGGCGGCACUGGCCUCCGAGCGUUACGCACUGCUCAAUUCUGUCAAGGUGGACGGUUAUGCUCUGCGUACUGCCUCCAAGCGAAUGCAGGCAGACAGAGAGAUUGUGUUGGCGGCCGUGAAGCAGAACGGAAAGGUGUUGGUCUUCGCGCCUGAAAAUCUGCGAAAGGACCGCGAGGUCGUCCUGGCAGCUGUCCGCCAGAAUGGCAAGGCAUUGGUGUUUGCUCACGAAAGCUUGAAGAAUGACAAGGAGGUGGUGAUGGAAGCUGUUGCUGAAGGCGGCCACAUAGCGUUGUGGCACGCUUCCGAAGAAUUGCAAAAGGACAAAGAGGUGUUGCUGGCGAUGAAGUGA